CUAGAAAAGGCCGCUUCGGCUUCUACCAAUGAAAGCUCGUCCCUCCAUAACGAAUAAUGAUUUGAUAGGUCCAAAUUGCUCUAAGGCCGAAGAAGAGGAGAGAACUGGUUCAGUGAGCAGGUGACCACAAAGGAUGGCAGCAGUAGGUGUUACCCAGGUUACGCAGGCCUGGCUGCAGUCCACCUGGCAGAUUCAAGUACCCCACACUUGGCUGAAUGCUUGCGUGGAUUGGGUCUUGGAGGAAGCGGAUGGCAUGUCUCUGCCCCAAUCUCAUCUUAACCAGCAAGUCCUGGACCAGUGGCUGCUUACGGAUCUUCGGGACCUGGCACACCCUGUCCUACCUGCUGGCAUUUCAGAGGCUCAGAAGUUAGAGCUGAACGGCUGCUAUUGCCUUCAGGUGGACUCCCUGCUGGACGUCAGCCAGCCAGCCUACGCCCAGCUCCAGCGUGUUCGUGGAACCGACUGUUCCAAUGAGCAGGUUACCGCUGUGACUCAGGCCACCCAGAAGCCGUGGGAAGCAAAGCCCACGCGCAUGCUGAUGCUGCAGCUCACGGAUGGAGUGCAGAACGUGGAGGGCAUGGAGUACCGGCCCGUGCCGGCCCUCUGCGUCGACCUGCCUCCGGGCACCAAGCUGCAGGUGGUAGGCAGGGUGACAGUACGUCUAGGGGUACUGUUGCUGAAACCAGAGAAUGUAAGGGUUUUGGGUGGAGAGGUGGAUCAACUUGUGGAGAGGUAUUCCCAAGGCAAAGUGCUCUGCGGGACCCUAGGACUGUCUGAGGAAAAUCACUUGCUAGGAGCAGAACCAGAUGACCAGGAGGUCCUGGCUGGUGCAGAGGUUGUUCUGGAGCCUCAUCUUAGAGAAAGGACAGAGGGAACUGUGGACAGCGGUUAUGACAGCAAUAGUAGCACCAUAAACUCGCAAGCUUCCAGCAGAGCUGCCCCUCCUCAGGGCAGACAGUCAGAGCCCUCGUGGUCAAGUUCCUCCUGUCGAAUGAAUCCCAUUUCUAGACAGAGUAGUUGGAACGUUGUCAGUGUUCCAGUUGAGGAUCAUAUUGAGAUUCCAGAACACUUUGACGAUAUGCCAGAGAACUUUGAUGACAUUCCAGAUGACUUUUACAAUGUCCCAGAGGACUUCGAUGAUAUUCCGAUGGAGGAGUUGGACAGUAUAAUGUCACCUACAGUUCCACAUUUUUUACCUAGCCAUGGAGCUUUGUAUAUGGAAAAAUAUGGCAAAGCAGAACGACAGGCUGUUAUAAGGUCUGACUCAGUUAGACCAGACCAACCCAGAGCAAACCUUACUUUUGCCUCCAGAGAUCCCCUCAGUGGGAGCAAUAGUCACCAUGAGAGAUCCUCAGAUGUUACUGCUGGUGCAGAAGAUACAUUUUCCUCCCCAGAACCGAAGGUGGCCAGAUGUGAGCCUGUCUUUAGCAGUCCUCAAACCAGAGCACAGGAUUCUGCACAUGACCACAGCAAUAAGGCUAAAGCUGACACCGCGAUUCUCAACUACCUCUGUGUUUUGCAUGCUGGUAUUUGGCCGCCGCCUAGUGCUCAAAUUGUGCGACUGCAGGCCUUCAUUGUCACCCUUAUUGGAAACCUGCGCAUAAGUGGCGGUGAAUGGAAACUCGGGGCCACUAUAUCAGACGGUACCGGGUACCUCGAUGUGGACCUGUGUGACACUUUGCUAGCUAAACUCAUCGGCUUUUCAGCAUCAGAGUCGAAAGUGCUGAGGAAGGACCCAGCGAUGCGUGGAGUGGUGGACGCUGGGAUACAAAACUGCCAGAAGGAGCUGGUGGAUAUGUGCUGUGUAAUGAUUGUGCGGGUAGAUCUGACUGGAAGAGGCAUGCUACUGAGAACUGAUCGUCUCACUGACAGGGAGUGCUGUGAACUGCAGCGGAGGGUGAUGGAGAGGAGGUCUUAAGUAACACACAAGCUGCUGUUUCUUUGCCAGUAAAUACUGGUGCUUUUGGUUUGUGAAAGCACAUAGGAGUUGUUCAGUAUUAUGCAAAUGUAUUUAAAUUCAGUAAUGCUAAAUGGUCCUUACAAGGUUUUAGUUAUGCCUGUGUUUACAUUUUGGACAGUAAUAUGCAUUUAAAGGAAAUUAGUAGUAAAAAAAGAAGCUAAUGCAAAUCAUUAGUGAUGAAUAAAUAUGAAUAUGUAGUAACAGCACACACUCCAAGCCAUAUGAAUUGAAAGGCUCUUUGAUCAUUUGUUAUUUCUAAUACCAUGAACAUUCAACUUGGGUCAGUGUACUUGCAGGGAACCAGAACUUCCAUGAUUCCAUGCUGCUUUUAACUGUUCUGGACUCUUGUACAGCAGACAAGACUAAAUUUACCGUUAAACAGACUGCAUGUGGAGUUCUCAAGACUGCGGGAUAUUUGCAUUUGCAUUUUGGUAAAUGUUGUUUUUGGAACCUUUGGAAACAUGAAUGACACACGUGUCUUUGAUUCUUGCCAUUUUUACUUGAACCAUCAGUUUGUAAAUUGAAGAACCUACUAUUUUUACAUAUGCAUCUGCUGAUUAUGGGGCUACUCUAGCAAGACUUACUAUUGAGUUAAACAGUCGGGCACUCAAUAAUGUUAAGGCCUUUGUGAUCUACAGUGUUAAUUUUGGGAGUUGGUUUGGAUUGUGUGGCUAUCGAAUGGCUUUUAGCUAUAAAUUUUCUCUUUCACAUGUUUUCAGUGUUACACCAAUAAAGUUGUGAAGUUGGUUCA